AUGGUUUACGGCCCCAAUACGACUCAGGAACGUAUCUACGCUGAUAUGGUUUCCUCUCAAGUUGAGCGUGUUCUAGCAGGCUACAAUUGCACGCUAUUUGCAUAUGGGCAGACCGGAACGGGUAAAACUUAUACGAUGGAAGGGGGUUCGGGGAAGUAUGAUUCUUAUCAGGAAGAUCCAACGACGGGUAUCAUUCCACGUGCAGUUGAGCAUAUUUUUGAGGAGCUAGCAAAAUCGAGCACAGAAGAGUACAGUGUUCGAAUUAGCUACCUCGAACUCUAUAACGAAGAGCUGUACGACCUGCUUGCCCCCACUUCGGACGAUCGGGAACGAUUGAGGAUUUUUGAUGACCCAUCCAAAAAGGGCGUCGUUGUGAUAUCUGGCGCUGAAGAGAUACCUGUCAGAGAUCGUGCCGAAGUUUACCGUCUACUGAGGAGAGGAGCAGAAAAGCGCACUACUGCAGCUACGCUCAUGAACAUGAAUUCUAGCCGAUCUCAUUCGAUUUUCACUGUCAGCGUUGUAAUCAGAGAAAACACCGCGAGUGGAGAAGAGCUUGUAAAGCAGGGCAAAUUGAAUCUCGGCAAAUUGAAUCUCGUGGAUCUUGCUGGAUCAGAGCAUAUAGGCAGAUCGGGCGCUGAAGGGAAGCGGGCCAAAGAAGCCGGGAACAUUAAUCAGUCGUUGCUUACGUUGGGCAGAGUGAUUACAGCGCUAACAAGCUCAGCUCCUCAUGUUCCAUACAGAGAAUCUAAGCUGACUCGUCUACUCCAAGACAGUUUGGGCGGUGCCACGAUAACAUCCAUAAUUGCUACGCUGUCUCCUGCUUCUACCAACUAUGAGGAAACUAUUUCUACUCUUGAAUAUGCUGCUAGAGCAAAGUCCAUAAAGAACCAUCCCGAGUGCAAUCAAAAGGUCUCUAGGAAAGCCCUGUUCAAGGUUGGUUAA